GUGCUGCAGAUGUAUCUACCGUUCUGUGGAAUAUCCAUCUCCAAUGCCAAGUUGUUUUCAGAGUCUCGGAAGGAGUACGAGAGGAGCAGAGCUCUGCUAGAGGUGGUGAAUGACCUGUUUGAGGAACAGACAGACCUGGAGAAGAUAGUGAGGAAGAUCAUGCAGAGAGCUGUGACCCUGCUGCAGUGUGAACGCUGCUCUGUGUUGCUGCUGGAGGAUAUACACUCACCUGUGGUAAAGUUCUCAAAGACCUUUGAGCUCAUGUCUCCCCUGUGCAACAUGGACCGUGACAUCAGUGUGUGUCUCUUUGACAAAGUCAGCAUGGAGAAGCUGUCCUGCUCUGAUUGGCUGAUCAAUAACAGCAUUGCAGAGCUGGUGGCGUCCACAGGACUGCCUGUCAACAUCAGCGACGUCUGUCAGGACCCCCGCUUUGAUGCUGAGGCAGAUCAAGCCUCAGGAUUCCACAUCAGAUCAGUACUGUGCGUCCCCAUCUGGAAUCGGACUCAUCAGAUAAUAGGUGGGGGUGCCCAGAUUCUAAAUCGCCUGGACAGGAGGACGUUCAAUGAUGCAGAUCAAAGACUGUUUGAGGCCUUUGUGAUAUUCUGUGGGCUGGGGAUCAACAACACCAUGAUGUACAAUCAAGUGAAGAAGACCUGGGCCAAGCAGUCUGUGGCCCUGGAUAUGCUGUCCUACCACGCCACAUGCUCCAAGGUAGAGGUGGACAGACUCAAGGCUGCUAAGAUCCCUUUGAGCAGUGAGCUGGGCAUCGAAGAGUUCCACUUCAACGAUUUCUCAUUGGACAACGACGCCAUGAUCACUGCCUCCCUCCGGAUGUUUCUGGAACUCGGAGCCGUCCAGAAGUUUAAGAUUGACUACGACGUCCUGUGUCGCUGGCUGUUGACGGUGAGGAAGAACUAUCGUACGGUGGCAUACCAUAACUGGAGGCAUGCCUUCAACGUGUGCCAGUGCAUGUUCCUCAUGAUCACAACGGCUGGUUUCCAGGAUGUUCUGUCGGAUGCAGAGACCCUGGCGUUGAUGGUGGGUUGUCUCUGCCAUGACUUAGACCACCGUGGCACCAACAAUGCCUUCCAGGCCAAGACUGGCUCUGCUCUGGCCCUGCUCUACGGGACAUCAGCUACUCUGGAGCACCAUCACUUCAACCAUGCAGUCAUGAUCCUACAGAGUGAGGGUCAUAAUAUCUUUGCCAACCUGUGUUCCAAAGAGUACAGUAGUAUGAUGCAGCUACUGAAACAGGCCAUCCUCUCCACUGACCUCACCCUGCACUUCCAGAGGAGGAGCCAGUUCUUUGACCGUGUUCUCUCUGGAGAGUUCAGCUGGACAGACGAGGCUCACAGAGAACUUCUCAGGUCUAUGCUAAUGACAGCAUGUGACUUGGGUGCAGUGACCCGCCCCUGGGAGAUCUCCAAACAGGUUGCGGAGUUGGUGACCAGUGAGUUUUUCGAGCAAGGUGACAGGGAGAGGUCUGAGCUCAAGUUAACUCCAGCGGCCAUCUUUGACCGUAAUCGUAAAGACGAGCUGCCUGCCCUGCAGCUGGAGUGGAUAGAUGGGAUCUGUAAGCCCCUCUACCAGGCUCUGAUGAAGCUAAACGGGAAGCUGAAGCCUAUGGUUGAUGGGAUAGCAGCCAACCGCAUGAAGUGGAAGGAGCUGGGCUCGUCCUAUCAGCAGCACACACACAGAACUGCAGAGACCAAUCAGAUUCCUGGCUCUGAGUCAGGACCCAACCCAGAGACCAAUCAAAAUCCAGACUCCAGUCAGAACUCGCAACUAGAGUUUGGGUCAAAUUCAGUAUUUGAUCAGACUUCAGUUCUCACUACAGAGUCAAGUGGUCAUCCAGAGUUUGGGUCAAAUUCAGUACUUGAUCAGACUUCAGUUCUCACUACAGAGUCAAGUGGUCAUCCAGAGUUUGGGUCAAAUUCAGUAUUUGAUCAGACUUCAGUUCUCACUACAGAGUCUAGUGGUCAUCUGGGGUCAGAUGGAAGUAUAGGGUCUGGGCAGCUGUCUCAGGGGCAGGGGGCUGAAGUUUGA